AAUGUUUGAUAAAGUUGGUACUAUGGCAUCCUAAAUUCAAUUAGAAAAUCCUGAAUUUAAUAGAGGUGCUUCUAAAAGUUUGUAUUAAGUUCAAAAAAAAAAUAAAAAAUGCUGCUGA